GGCUCUUCACUGUUAGCAUAGUAUUCUCCUCUACCCGUGAUCACGACGUUGCCGCUGGUUCCACUGCUUCUUCGCCAGAUCUACAUCUCCAACGCUAGAUCGAUUUGCUUCGGUUGACGAUUUGAUCUUCCAAUAUUUCCGUUGCAGUUUCUUGUUUCACUGAAUCGCGGUUUUCUCUCCAGUGGCAUCCAAAACUCAAAAUUAAAAGAGGGCAAAGAGCAGAUAUUGUAUGUGAGAGGCCAAAGGGAAGCAAUUUACUCCAUGAUGGGGAAAGAGCAUGCGUGGGAGAGAGGUGCAGCCUCCAGCGACGAUAUAUCUCUGGAGGGACUGAAAGAGGAGCUGGAAGAAUGUAAAGAUGAUGAUGAAAUUGCAAACAUACUUUCUAGAGGAACUAAAUUGCGGGAGCAUACAAAAGGUGUGGAAAAUAAUGUACGUCAAGUUGAACUGGACUCGAUACAGGAUUACAUCAAAGAGAGUGAUAAUUUAGUUUUACUACAUGACCAAAUUCGGGAUUGUGACAACAUCUUAUCACAGAUGGAGACCCUGCUUGGUGGAUUUCAGGCUGAGAUUGGUUCUAUAAGUUCAGAUAUUAAAAGUCUUCAAGAGAAAUCCAUGGAUAUGGGUCUGAAGCUGAAAAAUCGUAAGACAGCAGAGUCGAAAUUGUCAAAAUUUGUUGAAGACAUAAUUGUACCUCCAAGGAUGGUUGACGUUAUUGUGGAUGGCGAGGUAAAUGAUGAAUAUCUAAGAACCCUUGAGAUACUAAGCAAGAAGCUUAAAUUUGUUGAAGAAGAUUCCAUGAUCAAGGCAUCGAAGGCUCUAAAAGAUGUCCAGCCUGAACUUGAAAAACUUCGGCAAAAGGCAGUCUCAAAGGUUUUUGAUUUUAUGGUUCAAAAGCUUUAUGCUUUGAGAAAGCCCAAAACUAAUAUUCAGAUUCUGCAGCAAAAUGUUCUUCUAAAGUAUAAGUAUGUGAUUCUUUUCCUUAAGGAGCAUGGUAAAGAUAUUUAUACAGAGGUUCGUGCGGCUUACAUUGAUACAAUGAACAAGGUUUUAAGCGCACAUUUCCGUGUAUACAUACAAGCAAUGGAGAAAAUGCAGCUGGACAUAGCUUCAUCAACUGAUUUGAUCGGAGUUGAGACUAGAAGUACAGGAAUUUUCUUAAGAGCAAGAGAAACAAUAAAGAAUCGUUCCUCUGUUUUUGCUCUAGGAGGCAGAAUAAAUAUUUUAAAGGAAAUCGACCAACCAGCAUUAAUUCCGCAUAUUGCAGAAGCCAACUCCCAAAAAUAUCCAUAUGAAGUUCUCUUUAGGAGCUUGCACAAGCUUUUGAUAGAUACUGCUACCUCAGAGUACCUAUUUUGUGAUGAUUUCUUUGGAGAAGAUUCCAUAUUCUAUGAAAUUUUUGCAGGACCAUUCGCAGUUAUUGAUGAGCAUUUUAACACGGUACUAUCAAAUUGUUACGAUGCAAUUGGUAUAAUGCUUAUGAUCCGAAUAGUACAUCAACACAAGUUGAUCAUGUUUAGGAGACGGAUUCCAUGUCUGGACUCAUACUUGGACAAGGUCAAUAUUUCUUUGUGGCCUCGUUUCAAGAUGAUCUUUGACCUGCAUCUCAAUAGUUUGCGCUAUGCCAAUGGGAAGACCUUAUGGGAAGAUGAUGUUCAUCCUCAUUAUGUUAUGAGGCGCUAUGCUGAAUUCACGGCCUCCCUUGUUCACCUAAAUGUUGAAUAUGGAGACGGUCAGCUUGAUCUUAACCUGGAAAGGCUGCGGAUGGCAGUGGAGGAUUUGCUUGUUAAGUUGGCUAAAAUGUUUGCUAAGCCAAAAUUGCAAACUAUUUUUCUCAUAAACAACUAUGAUAUGACAAUUUCCAUAUUGAAGGAAGCUGGUGCUGAGGGAGGGAAAAUGCAAAUGCAUUUUGAGGACCUACUAAAGAGCAACAUAGCUGUAUAUGUGGAAGAAUUACUUCAGGAGCAUUUCGGUGAAAUGAUCAAGUUUGUCAAAACCCGGGCCUACGAAGAAUCAAGCUCUAGCAUGGAAAAAUCAUCUGUUUCUGAUGUGGAACCUUUAGUGAAGGACUUUGCGAGCAGGUGGAAGAAUGCAAUAGAGCUUAUGCACAGGGAUGUUAUUACAUCCUUCAGCAACUUCCUGUGUGGAAUGGAGAUACUGAAAGCUGCUUUGACACAACUGCUUCUGUAUUAUACAAGGCUUUCAGAAAACGUCAAGAAAAUCACAGGUGGCUCAGCUCUUAACAAGGACCUGGUAUCAAUUUCCUCCAUUUUGUAUGAAAUCAAGAAAUAUUCUAGAACAUUCUAGAUCUUGCAAAAUCCUCAAUGAAAGGUUCAGGUGAGUAGAUGAAAACCCGAGGCUUUCCAUUUUGAAUAGCUAUCUUGUUUCUUCAUCAAUCUUUACUUGCAAAAUAUAGUUCUAUUGAUAGCUCAAGCCUGCAUCUGUUCAGUACUAUAACCUUUUAUCUUGUUAUUUUAUCUGCUUUUUUGAGAAGAGAAUGUUGUGUUUGUUUUUGCUUAUAGCACUAUACUUUGUCUUAGCGGCAGAAAAAAUUUAUUCGGUUAAAAUUAUAUUAUGUAGUGUAUGAUUUUAUU